UAUCUCAGCCUGCAAGGAAUUGGACUUUUAAUUUUGAUGGAACCUUCAAUUAUGCAAUCAACAUGAACUCGAUGAAAAUAGAAAUAACGGUCUAUGACGCAAAAUGUGGUGAUGCUGGAGUUUAUUCUUGUAAAGCUUCAUACGACGAAGACCAAUGGUCAAAAAAAAUUCAAAAUCUCACUAUUCUAGCGCGAGUAGUCCCCCUGCCACUGAGUGUGUUCCCCAAUGGACAGAAACAAUAUGAGUUAGUAAACCCUGCUGGGUCUAAUGUUACAUUAACGUGUAAUGUUUAUGGACCAAGAAACGUAACCUUACAAUGGAAGCUUGGCAACAGAUUAAGUAACUUUAGUAGCUUUACGCCAUAUCCUGUACAAAACCAUAUAACUUAUGCUGCACCUGUGGUUGAUUCUGACGCCCCCUGCGUCAAGUACCUCCAUUCGUCAACACUGAAGUUUCAAACAGAAAACAAGUAUAAUGGCUACAUGUAUGUGUGUGUGGCUAAAGAAAACAUGAGAGACACAAUCGUAGGGAACAUGACGAUAUAUACUAAUCCAUAACAUCGGCUACACUGUCGUAGGUUUUGAAUGACACCAAAUAAAAAGCUGUUUUUAUUCCUGUCAACACUCUCAAAAAAGUUCUUCCUCUUUGAUUAAACCACAU